AUGUCGACUGAAUCAGUUGAGGCCGAGCUUAACAAUAAUCACGAAUCACAUUUGGACGAAAAUGAUUUAUCCAACUCCGACAUUGUCACCAAAUAUCGCACUGCCUCAAAUGUAGCUAACACUGCUUUAAAAAAUGUACUAGCAGCCGUUAAGCCAGGAGUGUCUGUGAAAUCUUUGUGCCAGAUAGGAGAUUCCACGAUGCUGGAGGAGACCAACAAGUUGUACAAUAAGAAGGAAAACGGUAGAAAGGUUGAUAAAGGCGUGGCAUUCCCCACUUGUGUUUCAGUUAAUGAGUUAAUUGACUACUUUUCACCAAUGGACGACUCGCUAACAGUCAAGGAGGGUGAUGUUGUUAAAGUUACUUUGGGGUGUCAUAUUGAUGGUUAUGUUGGAAUGGUGUCGCAUACCAUGUUUGUGGGCGAAUCAGUGAAGGGAAGGAGCGCAGAUGUUCUUAAGGCGGCAUGGUUGUGUUGUGAGGCAGCACUCCGGAAGCUUAAGAGCGGUGUUUCAAGCCAUGAAGUGUCAAAGGUUAUAGAAAAAGUAGCCUCUGAGUUUAACUGCACUCCCCUUAUCGGUUUUUACAGCCAUGAACUUAAGAGGCAUGUGAUAGAAGGAGUGAGGUACUUUUCAGGAAGCACUAAGCUCGAGGAUAAGACUGAACCCAUAACAUUUGGGACUAAGGAAGCAUAUUCUUUGAACGUAGUGUUAACUACAGGAGACCAUAAGCCUAAAACUACUGAACUACCCACUACUGUGUAUAGAACUGACGUCCAGAACAGAUAUACACUCAAAACCUCUCUGGGAAGGUCCUUUAUGUCCCAAGUCAACUCCAAGUUCCCUGUGUUCCCCUUCCACCUCAAGUCCUUCGAGGACGAAAGGGCACUCAAGGUUGGCCUUCAGGAGUCACUCAGACACAACCUCCUAAAGCCAUACUUUGUAACCUCAGUUAAACCAGGAGAUGUCGUGGCUCAUUUCAGGUUCACAGUACUCUUACUUCCAACUGGAACCAAGAAAAUUUCUGGACUUCCAUUCGAACAACUCGAAAAGUGUAACUCAGAACUCUCUGUCAAAGAUCAAGAACUACUGACUCUACUCUCAGUAUCUUAUUACUACCAUAUUAUUGUUAUAUUAUUACCAUAUUAUAAUUAUAUUAUUGCUCCGGUGAAUCCUAAGAAGAAAAAGGCAACAAAGGAGGAGGAAUCAUCUUGA